UUGACGUUAAACAUUUAGUGAUAUUUAUUGUUAUUUACAAUUUAACUAGAAUCUAGGAAUAUUUCAUGUUUUCAUGGUCUCGGAUACUGCGCCCAGAACCAGUCUGUAAGCGUCGGUCGACGAUAUUUAAAUUGAAAAUACGUUAAUUCUUCAUUUUCGCGUACUAAUGUAGUCGUGUGAUAGUUGCCAGUCGUUCCUUCGUUACAUAUUUCGUCUUAUUUUGUAGCAGACGCGUAUCAUUCAGCGCAACAAUUUAUCUCUAUUAUGAGUGAGAUGAAGAACAAUAAUGUACCAUCAAGUUUGAAACAAUGUGUAUCAUUGAUUGUAAAACGUUCCAUUGAAUUCACACAUUGCAUGAAUCAGAAUUAUCAAGAGCAUAUUGCUUUCUUAGAAGCACUUAUAGAUCAAAUACCACAAUCGCUUCAUGGGCCAUUAAUAGCAAAGACUCCAAAAACAGUACGGAAGAAAGAAGUACGGCGCAUUGAAACGAUUCCGGAAAAUGAUAUUACACAGAAUGAACCUGUUCAUUCAACAAGUUUGAUAAAAGAUGAAACAAGUGAUAAGAAAGUUGUUGAAGACAUUAGACCUGGUAGAAGUAAAAGAAAGGCAUCACAGAAAGCUGCAGAUAAUAUUAAGAAACAACAAUCUCUCACUUUAAGUACUAAAUUGCGUAGAUUAUCCAAUGGAGAUAUUGUUGAAAAAUCACCAAAGAAAGUACGAGAAAGUCAAUCAAAGAGACGGAAAGCGUCCAACAGUUCUGACGAGGAGAAGAGUAGGCCAUCAAAGUAUACAAAAAUUGAUACUACAGUUACUCUUACAAGACUUUCUGAAAAGGAUACACUGCAGGAUGAAAUUCCCACGAGGAGAAUUACACGAUCAUCAAAUAAACGAAAGCAAGUUAAAUCUGUGGCACCUCAACAUUCAAAUAAAGAAUUGAAUAAAGAAAAUACCAUCAGGCAUGACAAUCAAUUUGACGAAACAAUCGACAAGACUGGUGGGAAUGAUACCCUAGAACCCUCAAUGUAUGAAGAUGCAAUCAGUAAGCUUGUUGUUCCUGUAAUGAAUUCAACAAUGAAUAAUAUAAACACCACAAUGACAUUAGAUAAACGCGCUAUGAAUGCAACGGUUAUCCUGGAACCACUACCUCAGAAGUAUCUUAAUGAAACAGUAACACUUGACAAACAAGCAACGAGCAAUUCAAACUCUAGAAAGGGUAGUACCAACAGCAGUAUUGUACAAGCAAAAGCUAAGGUUCAUUCAAAUUCGCCAUACCAUUCCUCAAAGGCUACAGCACCUUUAGCAAGUACCCUGCAGGACAGGAUGAAAGUAAUACAGAAUGAUCUAGCUGAUAAGGAGUUGGAGGCUCUACUGACGGAUGACGAGUCGUCGCCAGAAGCUAGGGUUAUCCCAGAACGAAAAUCGAAAACGCCACAGAAGACAAGAAAGCGUAGAAAGCCAAAGAAAGAUGAGCAUUCGUAUUUGUCCAGUGACGAUGAUGGGGAUGUAGACGAGAUAGCGAGUACACCUCCAAAGACUGCAUUGCGUGAAAUUAAUCACGUGAAACCCAAUAAACCGAAUGCAUAUAAGCCAACAGCAUUGUUUAGUCCCUACGCUAAGGAUUCUGUAAAGCAGCGUGUUAAUGCAUUCGAGCAAGCUGGUAAAAUAGACUGCCCAUCCGUAGAUGUUGAAGUGCCCAUUAGAACUACGAGAACAAAAACCAGAGCUAUGGCUGCUGCAGAAAAUGUUAAAAUUCAAGCGAAUGUUAGCAAAACUGUCGCACAAAAAUUAGCGCGCAAGUCUCUGGCUAAAGCUAAACGGAUUUCAUUGGUGAAGCAGUUGAAGCUUAACGAGGAAUCCAAAGAAAAUCAGAAUGCGAAUGUGGCCCAGAAAAUUAGUAAAUUAUUGACCGUCACUGAAAAAUCAAACUACAAGCAACAGUUGAAGGCGAAUUCGGCCCAAAAGAGUCGUAUACCGCGUACUCCUAAUAACACACAGCCUCUUUCUAGUUAUUCAAGAACUUUAACAGCUCCACGUGCACGCAUAGUCAGUAAUGUGGAAACAUUUAUACAACAAUCUAGAACAGCGCAGAAAAUAACGUCAACUGAGCGAUUAGAAGAGAAUUAUCGAAGAGCGCAUGAAGAUGAUGCACGGCGAAAACGAGAGGAAACACUGAAGGCAAUGUCAGAGGAAAAAAGGAGAAAACGCGAGGAAAAGGAACUUAAAAACAAAUUGGCAAGGGAGGCAAAGGAGAAGCGUGAACAGGAAAAGAGAUUGAAAGCGGAACGUGAAAGAGAAGAGAAAGCAAAACUGGCAUUAGAAAUGCAGGAGAAGCAAAAGGAGGAAGCAGAAAAGAAGAGAAUAGCCCAAAUGGAACGGGCUAUGCAAAAGAAGGAGGAAAAGCGUAAAUACGAGGAGCAACAGCGAUUAAAACGUCUUCGCGAACAGGAAGAAGAAGAACGUUUAGUUGCUGAACAAAAACGACGAGAAUUUGAAGCCGAAAGACGAAGAUUAGCAGAAGCCAGAGCUCAGGCAGCGGAAGCAGCCAAAUUAAGAGCACUGAAGGUACAUAUGCCUUCCUUACAGUUAUUUAAUGUCUUUAGACUUUGUUUAACGAGAAUGUAUAAUUUUCAGGCAAAGGAGGCACAAAAUCCAACAUCUUAUAUCUUGGACAGUGAGCCUGACGAAGAUAGUUCAGAUAAUGAACAUCGGCCUAAAUAUCCAAUUCCAUAUUGGGCCAGAGCGGACGUUCGUAAAACACAUUUAGCAAUGCAACAUUUCGUACCGAUAAGUGGUGUGCGCGACUUCUUUGGCAGUAAGGAAUGCACACCAGAUCUACGAGCAAUGUUCAACGGUAUCAACAGGAACCGGUUGGUACGUACGUCAAGUGCUAUCUGGAAGACCCCACCACGAUUCUCAAUGAUGAGUAGAACUAUUAAUAAUGACGAUGAUCAAGAAUAAUUCUGAUCGGAGCAGUGUUUAAAGUUCAUUCUAGAUAGAUAUAUUAUAUAUAUACAUUCAUAUGGAAUUUGCUACCAACUUUGUAUAAACGGUAGGAUAAAUUUCUUCAGUGAACAGCCCAGUAGUUACUAUCAGAGAUGAAGUAGCGUCCAAUGAUUCUGAUAAUGGCAUUGAUUGUUACGAUUUUUCAUUUUAGUACUGAAUAACAUUAAAUUUUGUAUGUCUAGCGUUAAGUUUUAUGUAUCGUCUAUUUAGUCAUGCCAACAUGCCUAAAUCAUUUAUUAAAAUGAACUUGCAACUCUGCUUAGAUCUGAUUGAUACUGUCGCGUGUAUCCGGUAAAAAUAGGUUAUGUUUGUUUCUGAAAUUAUCGCAAUGGAUGUUUCCGCGUAUAACCAUUUUGUCUAACGUGUAUUGCUGUAUUAAUUAUUAUGCCAGUAUUAUUCCUUUUUGAAUAAAAAUGUUUCUACUAUU